AUGGAAUCCAGCCCACAGAUCCCCGUCUGCAAGAAGUGCGGCGGCCCGCGCGAAGAAUCCUGCCCCCCAGACUUGUGUAUCCCCUGCUCCCAGGCCGAUGCGACUCCAGUUGAGUCUACCGUCUCUGAAGUGGCCGAGAGCGUUUGCGCUGACCCGGCGCCCCCAGCUGCCCACGAGCACCACGAUAUGCCCCGCAAGGUGAAGUCCGAGGCCGAAUGGGAGGAGGAAGAGGCCCGUCUGAUCGAAGAGGAGUGGACGCAGAAGGAGCAGGAGUAUAUGCGCUCCGUGCGUGCGUCCCUGUCGCACGCCGCGGACACCGUGCAAGACUCCCAGGUCGGUUCCGUCGAGCAUGCUGCUCGCCUCCUGUAUGACUUCGCUAACAGCUGCCUGCAGGAGCAGGUGUCCACCAUCCCGACAGCCCCGGCCGACGACCUGCCCGCCCUGAACCGCGGGUUUUCAUCGCCUACGCGCUCUCCACGCAUCCGCGAGACCCAGGUCCCAGAGUCGCCGGUGUAUGCCCCGGAAUCGCCAUCCUCUCCCGUCCCUGGCCCGCAGCAGCAUCCCCAUACAUCUCGCGGCCGUUCGCCGUACAUCCCCCCGAUCUCGCAGGUACCCAACUCCCCUCCUGCAGCGCCAUCCGCCCAGGCCGCGGCGCCCCGCGCCCAAACAGCAAGGAAAGGUCCGCAUGACCCCAGCCUGCGCGGACUGCAAGCGCUCCAAAAUCCGCUGCCUGCACCGCCGCGUGCUCGACGAUAA